CAAUAUUUUGGAAUUAUUGGAAUGAAAAAAGUGAAAAGCGGUGCCACUAAAAGAAGAGAAAAAGCUGCAGCCAUGGAGAAAAUCAUGAAAUACCCCAAGCUAACACAUUUUUUAAAACCAGCAGUUCCGGCUAGCAGUGUUUUGAUAUCAACAAAUAAUUUUGACUGUGAUUAUUUGGGUACUAGACUAGAGUCAGAUGGGUUAAUCUAUGACUCAAAUGCAAAGUCAAAUGUAAGUCAUGGUUUAAUCUGUGAAUCAAAUGCCACAACAAAUCCACUAAUAUUUCUCAGUGAUGAUCCUUCUGAUUGGCCUGAUAAUGUUUCUGACGCUCAGAAGUGUGAUGUUGUUAAACGAGGUUUAAAAAAGAUUGAAAUCGACUUUCCAAAAAAUUCAGAAAGAAGACGAUUUUCCAUGAGUUAUUAUAACCGCAAAAUGAAAAAUGGAGAAAUCUUUGAAAGAUCAUGGCUUAUAUAUUCUUUAAAUAGUGAUAAAGUGUUUUGUUUCUGUUGCAAACUUUUUGGGAUAACUUCUUCACCAUUUCGAAAAGGAAUAAACACGUGGGAAGGCUUAUCAAAAAAACUUAAAGAAUACGAAACAUGCAGUGCACAUUUAAAAUGCUUUGAACAUUGGAUGACAUUACGAAAAGGCAUAGCAAAUCAAGCUACCAUAGACGAGCAACAACAAAAGUUGCUUCAUAAAGAGCGGGUAUUUUGGAGAUCUGUGUUGGAAAGGAUACUGGACAUUACGUUAUUUCUUUCAGCAAGAAAUCUUGCAUUCCGUGGUUCAGACACGGCAAUUGGUUCAAAGAGCAAUGGAAAUUUUCUUGGGGUGUUUGAAUUACUGGCUAAGUACGAUGCCGUCCUCAAGGAGCUUCUGUUAAGAAUUCAGGACAAAAAAACAAACGCUCACUAUUUGAGCAAUGACACACAGAACGAGUUGAUUAGAUGUUUACCGCAGGAGAUUGAAUCAGAAAACCUUUCUAUGGUAAAAAAAGCAAAAUACUAUUCGGUUAUUUUAGAUUGCACGCCAGACGUUUCGCGCAAAGAACAAAUGAGCAUAAUUUUAAGAUCAGUGACAUGUACUUCUAGAGUAGGUAUUAACAUUUCCGAAAAUUUCUUUAUAUAUCUCACAGUAAAUGAUACCAUUGGAAAAGGGCUUUUGGAUGUCUUUUUAAAUCAGGCAAAAAAAUGGGAUCUAAAUAUUCUUGAUUGUCGAGGCCAAUCUUAUGAUAAUGGUGCUAACAUAAAAGGAAAACUUAAAGGUGUUCAAGCCAGGCUUCUAGAAAUGAACCCAAAGGCUAUAUAUGUUCCAUGUGCAAAUCAUUCACUGAAUCUUGUUAUUGUUGAUGGUGCACUGUCAUCUAUCAGUGCAAUAUCUUUUUUUGGAGUUCUUACAAGAUUGUGUACCCUCUUUUCAUCGUCUCCUCCUCGAUGGGAAAUUUUAAAAUCGUGUGUGGAAAUUUCUGUCAAACCACAAUCAGAUACAAGAUGGGAAAGUAAAAUAAACUGUGUUAAACUACUUCGCUAUUAUCUGAAAGAAAUUUUAGAGGCACUCGACAGAUUGGAAAAACAUGCCUUUGAAAAGAAAGAUGGGGCAACAGCCACAGAAGUACGAUCUCUGAUUGAAUAUAUUAGGACAUGGCCUUUCUUAUUAUCAAUCAUUAUUUGGUAUGACGUUUUAUUUCAAAUCAACAAAUCAAGUAAGCUUCUUCAGUCUUCUUUAACCUCUCUUGACAUAUUGGCUAGUGAAAUAAAAGCAACAAAUACAUUUCUUUAUGAGUAUCGUGAGACUGGAUUUACUGACGCACAUAUUAAAGCACAAGAAAUUGCAGAAGAAUUGGGCAUUGAAAAAGAGUGUGCUGAUGAAACUCGGCAACCUGAGCAUCAGUAUAAAGCAGAUUUCUUUUUGCCACUCAUUGACAUGUCAAUUGCAUCAGUAAAGGAGCGUUUUGAACAGGUCAGUAUCUUCACAAAUCUUUUUGACUUUCUUUACCGGUCUGAGAGUCUGUAA